CCAUGGCUUUAAAUUUCAGCACUCCACCGGACAAACUUCCGGACAAACACCGGACAAACUCCACCGCACCAAACUUCCCAACCAGCCUUUAGCACCACAUCCAAACAGGGAAGGCUUCACCGUCUUCACCAUGGCCUCACUCAGCAAAGCAAAUGCUGAAUUCUGCUUUGACUUUUUCAAAGAGGUCCAGAAAUCAAAAAGAAAUGAAAACAUCUUCUUCUCCCCUCUGAGCAUCUCUUCAGCCAUGGCCAUGGUCCUCCUGGGUGCUAGAGGCAACACGGCCAAACAGAUGGAAAAGGUGCUUCAUUUUGAUGCAGUUUCGAGUUCUUCUGGAGGAAGGACAAACCAUGGUAGCUCUGAGUGUGAAGAAACUGGAGAAGUUCAUUCUCAGUUCCAGGCACUCUUAUCAGCAAUCAACAAGCCCAGCACCAAUUUUUCUCUAAGCAUUGCUAACAGGCUGUACGGAGCAAAGGGUUUUCACUUCCUUGAGCAAUACUUGAAGUGCACAGAGACACUGUACCAUGCUGAGCUGGAAGCUGUUGACUUUAGGAAUGCUCUAGAAGAAACCAGAAAAAAAAUUAACACCUGGGUGGAAGAACAGACCAGUGGUAAAAUCAAAGAGUUGUUCGCAGAGCACGUUCUAGAUUCAGAUACUAUCCUGGUGCUGGUCAAUGCUAUCUACUUUAAAGGAAAGUGGACUUCAGAAUUUAAGAAAGAAGACACCAAGGAAAGACCUUUCAGGUUAAACAAGAAUCAGACCAAGAAUGUGCAGAUGAUGUUUCAGAAUGGCUACUACAAUCUGGCCAUCAUAGAGGAACCUGAGAUUCAAGUGCUCGAACUCCCCUACGGUAAUGAAGAAGGAGGAGAACUGAGUAUGUUCAUUUUUUUACCAAAAGAUAUCAAGGAUAACUCCACUGGCCUGGAACAGCUUGACAGUGCACUCAUCUAUAAAAAAUUUGUAGAGUGGACCACGAUGACGAAGAUGCAUAAACGAAACGUGAAUGUGUACCUGCCCCGAUUCAAGAUGCAGGAAGACUAUGACCUUGGGGAAACUCUGCUGGCUAUGGGGAUGUGCGAUCUGUUUGACUCUUCGAAGGCUGAUUUAUCAGGAAUGACUGGAAACCGUGGUCUGGCUGUGUCCAAAGGCGUCCAUAAAUCUUAUGUGGAUGUUAAUGAAGAGGGCACUGAAGCAGCUGCUGCUACAGGGGUUACAGCAGGUGCUACAAGUGUUGGGAUGUCUUAUGAGUUUAAGGCUGACCACCCCUUCCUCUUCCUUAUCAAACACAAUGUAAACAACAGCAUUCUCUUUUUUGGCCAAUGUACCUCUCCUUAACUAGAGGGCACUUUGAAACAAUAUAGGAAGACCUACAACCUUGUUGUAGUGAGGAUAAAAGAUAAUAUUUCUCAAGUUUUUUGAAAUUUUGCAAAUUUGAAAUGAGAGAUUUUUUAAUGCAAUGGCUUCUAAGAAAAGUCUCCUAAUACAGUGGCCAGCAACCUUCGACAAGCUGUGGCCAAAACCAUACGGCUCCAGUCUGGUGUGGACCAAGUGCCUUUAGCAGCACAUUGGCAGUGGGGAGUUUUUCCUGCGCCCAAGCCAGGGUCAGGCAUCUAGGAGCUGUGCCUGUGCCACUGCCACUGCUUCUCUCAGCCCCCUACCCCCUGGCUGGGGGGGAGAGUGCAGCUUCCCACUGGCUGACAGCUGUGCCUAUGCUACAACUGAGGGACGGUGAUGGUGAUAAGUGGCAGAGGCCCGGGUGCAGCUAGAAACUGCCCAGCUCUUGCACAAACCCUUGCUGCCUGACCUUGACAUGGGGGCAGGUGCAGGCACAGGCAAAGCUCUUCACCUCCAGUGGUUCUGCAGACUGAAUCUGAAUAUGUUGCUGGCCCCUCUUCUAUUAUGUUAUUGUCUUUUGCCUUUAUAUUGCUUAUAACUUAUUGUCUUUAUAUUGGUUAUUAUAAUAUAACCAAAGCAGCUAUCUCCUAAAUUUGAAAUCAUUUUGACUCCAUUACGUGCUCUUGUUUCCAUGUGUUUUAAACUGAGGAAUGUCUGAGUAAAUCAGGUGGCCAAGUCAAUGCCCCUGUUCAUACAGAAUGUGGCUGGAGACAUUUCCCACAGUGAGUGAGCUGCAGUCCUAUUUUCUGGCUCCCUGGAGCCUUUCUUAUAGAAAACCCAGUGUUAUGCCUUCCCUCACAUCCUGGCAUUACUCCUCCAAUAUAAUCACAUCAGCACUGCUUUAAAGAAGGGGUGCUUUCAUGUACACUGAAAAUUGGCAACAGAAGUACCUGGAUAAACCCUCAGGUUUAUGAAUUUUUGUAGUCAUUCACCAUACCGACAGCUACCCGGAGACCUUCUCCUUCACCAUCAUCCCCAUCCCCACCCUGGCCUUUCCCUGAGCACAGGGAAGGGGGAGAUACUGUUGCACAGGUAGCUGACCUUCUUGCUGUGCACAUGGGUAAAAUCUCGUCCUUCCUUCAUGGAUCAGGUAGAGAUCUCGGGAAAAUUCUACAAAUGUGGCAAGCGUUCCCAUCUCUCUGCCUAAACGCUGGGAAGCAGGAUGCAGCCUUCAAAAUAACCUAACUUUCUGUCUGAAAGAGGCUGCACAUUAUUUGCCCUAAAUUUCUUACCCUGUUGUUUCCAGAUGAAACUCUGAAUGUGGUCACCUAAUUUUUAUCCACAAAAGCAACUCCUCUUUUCUGUCCCAAGAAUUACAUCUAGAUAUGAAAGGCUGCCCAUUCAACAAUGAUACAAAUAAAUCACUCAGUCACAUGUAA